AUGGCCUGGUGGAUACCUGGAUUGGAGAACAUCAGGAAAAAUCAAGGGUACUGCAAAAAAGUAAUGGUGAUGAUUCAGUGGAGGAUGGAACAUGAGGCUACUCAGCUGGAAAAUCAGCAUGUACAUAGUGUGUAUGAAAGCACAGCCUCCUAUUUUAAUGACCUGCAGAGCAAAGCAUGGCCUCGUGUUCGUCAGUUUCUGUUGGAGCAGAAGCCUGGCAGUCUCAUUGCUGAUAUAGGAUGUGGGACUGGAAAGUAUCUCAAUAUCAACAGUCAGGUGUUUAAUCUGGGCUGUGAUUACUGCGAACCUUUGAUAAAUAUUGCAAGGAAGAAAGGCUGUGAAGUCUCGGUAUGUGACAACCUUAAUCUUCCCCUUAGGGAUCAGUGCUUCAAUGCAAUCAUCUCCAUCGGAGUGAUUCACCAUUUCUCAACUAAACAAAGAAGAAUCAAAGCAAUAAAAGAAAUGGCAAGGGUGUUGAUACCUGGAGGUCAGAUCAUGAUUUAUGUUUGGGCUAUGGAACAAAAAAAUCGUCGCUUUGAAAAACAAGAUGUAUUUGUUCCAUGGAAUAGGGACUUGUGCUCCCGGCUUCUUUCAGAAUCAAAUCAGUUUGGACAUAAGAGUGAUCUUGAACAUACUGUAAAAAAACACCCACAGCAACUAGUAGGCUCUGAAUGCAGCUACCCAAUUAAUCUUAAACAGGAACUUGAUACAAAAACUUCCCACAGUACAGACCAUUGCUUACCCAAAACCUGCUGCAUGAAAAUGUCUGAAGAAGAAAAUCGAUUCUACGGAGCUCUAGGGAAAUCUUUUCGUUCAUGGUUUUUCUCCAGAUCCCUUGAUGAAUCAACCUUAAGAAAGAAAACUGAGAAGGUGAAAUCUCUGAAGAAUGUAGGAGGAUGGGCAAACAGUACCAUAUCCAUUCAACCGUCAAGACACUGCAGUUUAGACUUAGGUCACUGUGGGCCAUUAUUAAAAGAGCAAAGUUUAGAUGAUGAUGAAGUGUUUAUGGAAAAUGCGACUGUCAAAAGACCACAGUGGAUGAUAGCCUCAGGUGUAAUAAGGGAUUUAAAUGAAGAACACUAUGGGGUAGUUCAGAGCAAGAAUGAAGAAACAUCAUUUCUGAGUGGUCCUGUGGAAGACGGGGACAACAACUGUACUUAUAGUAGAGAUGAAGAUGGCAAGUCUACCACUAGCAAACUCUUUCAAAGAACUUCAACAACUGACUCCACUGAUUCUAUUUUGGAUGAAGCAAUGGCUGUUGAGGACCAGGUUGUUGGCAUAUUGGAUACAAAAGCCUUCAUGCGUUAUUAUCAUGUUUUUCGGGAAGGAGAGCUAUGUUGUUUACUGGAGGAGAAUGUGCCUGAGCUUCAUAUUAUUAGUUCUUGCUAUGAUCAUGGAAACUGGUGCAUUAUUGCAGAGAAAAUAGCAAAAUAA